AUCAGGUUCUAACCAGGCUUGAGGACGAUGGGUUUAUUCGACAGGCUUGCAGGAUGGCUGGGAUUGAAGAAGAAGGAGGUUCAUGUAUUGUGUCUCGGCUUAGACAACAGCGGAAAAACCACGAUCAUCAACAAACUGAAACCUGCUAACGCUCAAGCCCAGGAUAUAGUCCCAACUAUUGGAUUCAGUAUAGAGAAAUUCAAGACUUCAAGCCUGUCAUUUACAGUUUUUGAUAUGUCCGGCCAGGGCAGAUACAGGAAUCUCUGGGAACACUAUUACAAGGAAUGCCAGGCUAUUAUUUUUGUUAUUGACAGCAGUGACAAGCUCCGAAUGGUUGUGGCCAAAGAGGAACUGGAGACUCUUUUAAAUCACGCAGAUGUUAAACACAAACGGAUACCAAUUUUGUUUUUCGCUAACAAGAUGGAUCUCAGAGACUCCUUAUCAUCCGUAAAAGUCUCUCAGAUGCUCUGCUUAGAAAGCAUAAAAGACAAGCCAUGGCACAUUUGCGCAAGUGAUGGCCUUAAGGGAGAGGGCCUUCAAGAAGGCGUGGAUUGGCUUCAAGAUCAAAUCCAAGCAAUGAAGACCUAACAAGAUAGUAGCAAAUUGAACACCACCAUAAUCCCUAAACUAGGACCAAAAUAAGUGCUAAUUAGUUUACAGUCAGAAUCCCAAUAGUUUACCAGGCUAAAUGAGUGUCAUUCAGAUUUAUUUAGAGCCUCAGGUACCAUUUUGUACAUAUAUAUAAAUAGAGAAGGCUAUGACCUAUCUAUAAGUGUUUAUUUUCUCUAUCUAACGUGUUUUGUUAGAUCUGCAAAUUAAAAUUUAAAAGUGUAAAUAAUUAAAUAUGCAUUUUAAUUUAUUAAAUUAUUCACUUUUCAUUUUUAUUACAAAAUGUGCCCAUAAAAAAGAUUUUAUAUUUUAGAUCUGCAAAGCUUCAAUAACUGGGUGCUGAAUGGCUGAUUAGUAGGAAAUAUUGUGUUAAUUUUAAACAGUAGUUCAUUUUUAUAGCAUCUUCCAUGUGUUUCUGUCAAUAAGAUGAUAAAACCUGAUUGCUUCCACUUGUUUUUAUGUGUCAUUUUAAUUAUUUUGCCAUCACAUUUUGUUUAUAUCCUGGGAAAGUUUAAUACAUUUUACUGUUGCCUAUUUAAAGGUCUGUUCCAUUAUAUUAUCAUGCACUACUAUGG